AUAGAUAAUAAAUCUGUCAUUUCUCGAUGUAUGUGUUUUUGUUCUUCUUGGAAUGUCUCGCGAUUUUCCUUGUUAAAUUCCGGCCGUUCAAUUACCGGAAAAUUUAUCAUUCUUUGCCGGCGAACAGAACUUUUUUGUAGUUUUUUUUUCGGUGAAGGAUCAGCAAGAGUAGCGUACAGAAUACAGUAGAUACAGUAAAUGCUGCUGCUACGGCCAUAGUUACUGCAGAGAGUAGAGUUCAACCGUCUUCAGUUCAGUAUUACUGUUGUCGACUAGUUACUUUGCCGUACCAAGCCGGCACAAGAGGUUCGAAUUCGGCAGCAAAAGGAAAGAAAAGGAUGUAUCCAACUGCCACAUCACUAAAAAUCGAGGCUUCCGCUUCCGUAUCCAUGGAGAUGGAGCAGAAGCUCUCUUCAGUAGCGAAAAGGCUAACAUCGUCACCCAUACAACAACUCUCGUAUCUCGCCGAAAGAUGUAAUGCCGUCAACCUUGCUGAAGGUUUCCCUGAUUUCCCUGCUCCGUCCUACCUCAAAGACGCCGCCAUUUCCGCUAUCCGCUCUGACUUCAAUCAGUACAGGCAUGUUCAGGGAAUAUGUGAUUAUGUGGCUAAUCAAGUCAAACAAAUGCAUGGUCUAGAUGUCGAUCCUCUGACUGAUAUUGUCGUAUGUUGUGGCCAAUCUGAGGCUUUUGCUGCGGCAAUGUUUGCAAUAAUUAAUCAGGGUGAUGAAGUCAUCUUAUUCGAUCCCUCCUAUGAAACAUAUGAAACAUGCAUUAGGUUGGCUGGUGGAGUCCCAGUGUAUGUAGCCCUUGACCCCCCUCAUUGGAGUCUGGAUCCAGAUAAACUCGCAAAGUCAUUUACUGGCAGGACAAAAGCUAUAGUCCUCAACAGCCCUCACAAUCCAACUGGAAAGGUUUUCUCUAAUGAUGAGCUUGAGAUUAUUGCUGGAGCUUGCCGAACCUUGGAUAUUCUAGCUGUAACAGACGAGGUAUAUGAGCAUAUAACGUUCGACGGGGAGAGACAUACAUCAAUUGCCACAUUUCCAGGAAUGCAGAAGCGUACCAUCAUCACAUCUUCCUUGUCAAAAAGUUUUAGUGUGACUGGUUGGAGGAUUGGCUGGGCAAUUGGCCCAGCUUGCUUCGCAUCUGCAAUAAGGAACAUCCAUGUUAAAAUUACAGAUUCUGCUCCAGCACCUUUCCAGGAAGCUGCCUUGACAGCUUUGAGAAGUUCCCCUGAAUACUUCGAUGCAUUGAGACAAGACUAUGAAUCAAAAAGAGAUUACUUGACUCAGGUGCUUACAAAAGUUGGUUUCCAGGUGCCCUUCAUGCCUAAGGGUUCCUUUUUCCUAUUCAUGGAGCUUCCUGGGACAUGCACUUUUUCUGAUGUUGAAUUUGUGGAGGAAUUGAUUAAACAAGCUGGGGUGGUGGCUGUACCAGGCCGUGUAUUCUUCCACACCAAUUCGUCAUCGUUAGAAGACUUUUCUUCGACUGCUAUUAGCUACCACAGGAGGUAUAUCAGAUUUGCGUUCUGCAAAAGUGAGGAGACAUUAGCUGCUGCUUCACAAAAGUUAACCGAGCUUGUAGAUGGUUCAGGGAGACUCGAGCUAUUUUAGAUUGGAUUGCUUUUUAUUUGCCUUUCCAAUCCACGUCCAUGAGAAGUUGAAGCUUCAAUCUGUUUGUUCUUUGCUGUAUGAGAGAACGAGAGAAACUCCCACGCACUCACCCCUAUUGCUAUUGAAGUGAAUGGGGUCUUGUAAUGUUAUUUGAAAGAGAAAAUAAGUUAGAAGGACAACAGGUAGUAAUUCAUUUUCUCGAUUUGUAGCUUUUACCAAAUGAAAGUUAACUCAGGAAAACAACUGAUGAAAGGAGGUUGAAUAUUUACCGCUAUGUCAAACCUGGAAGAAAGGUCAAA